AAUGCCGGCCAUACACGCUACGGUCUACCGGAAAGGUCCACCUGUGCAGGUAUGCCUGCGCAGGUCAACCGAACAUUGGUAGCGUGUAUGGGUACGUUCCGGUGUAUCGGAGCGGUCUUCAGUUCUUUUUGCGAUGGCAUCGAAUGUGGACGAAGACACGCUGGCAUUGCUAGGUCUUGCUUUAAUUUUGAAGAUGAAUAAUACGAAAAAGAAGCGAAAAAAGUGGUGUAAGCAUUGGUUAUUGAAAAGAAAAACAUAUAGUCAUGUUAAUUUAUUAAGUGAAUUGAAAUUUGAACCAGAAGAUUUUAAAAACUAUCUUCGAAUGGACGAGAAAACAUACCUUAAAUUACUUGAAAUGGUUACUCCUAUGAUAAAAAAAGAAGACACAGUUAUGAGAAAUAGUAUUUCUGCGCACGAAAGAUUAUCAGUCACAUUGAGAUUUCUCGCAACUGGCAGAAGCUAUGAGGAUCUAAAAUUUUCAGCAAUUAUUUCGCCUCAGGCACUUGGAAAAAUUAUUCCUGAAACAUGUGAGGCUUUAUAUAAAGUACUCAGAAGAGAUUAUUUUAAGUUUCCUAAAUCUGAAGAAGAGUGGAAAGAAAUAGCAAAGAUGUAUGAAGAACGAUGGAACUUUCCUCAUUGUCUUGGUGCAAUAGAUGGAAAGCACAUAUCGAUUGUUCCACCGGCUAAUAGUGGAUCGUAUUUUUAUAAUUAUAAAGGGCAACAUAGUGUGGUUCUUAUGGCAAUUGUUAAUGCAAAAUACCAAUUUAUUUAUAUAGACGUUGGCAUGAAUGGCAGAAUAUCCGAUGGAGGGGUUCUACAAAACACUAAAUUUUUUGAAAAAUUAGAAAAUAGUGAUUUACAUAUUCCAAGCAGUGAAUUGUUAACAGGAAGUAACCGAAAUUUACCAUAUGUAUUUGUGGCAGAUGACGCGUUCCCAUUACGCCCCGAUAUGAUAAAACCGUUUCGACAGGCAGAUUUAACAUCGCAAGAAAGAAGAAUCCUGAAUUACAGAUUAUCUCGCGCGAGACGGACUGUUGAAAACGCUUUCGGGAUAAUGGCAUCACGAUUUCGGAUAUUUUAUACUCAUAUAAAUUUAGAACCCGAAAAUAUCGAUAAAGUAGUGAAAGCAUCUUGUGUAUUACAUAACUUUUUAAUUGAACACUCAAAAAAGUCUUAUGCACCUCAAAAAUGUUUUUAUCGAGAAAACUCUGAAAACGGGACUAUAAUAUCUGAAGGAUACAAUACACAAAAUAGCACCAUGGUAAACUUGGAAAGAAGAAACCCAGGAAAUACUUUGAACAACGCGAAGAUAGUCCGAAACAAUUUUAUGAAUUAUUUCAAUCAGGAGGGAAGGGUACCAUGGCAAAAUGAUCAUGUAAAUUAAAUAAUACCUAAGGCUGAACGGGCAGAGUAGGUACAUAGUUCUAAAUAGUUAUAGUUGUAAAUAAUUAUGUUAUUAUUAUAUUACUUAAUAAAAAAAAAUACUAC